AUGGAUGAACAGCCAGAAGCAGAUGAUUCCAAAGCUCCCAGCGGCAAAGGCAAGGCCAAGGGUAAAGCCCCAACAAAGUCUGCUGAUACCGGUGCCGCCAAAGGCGGAAAGAAGGGGGCCGGGAAGGGCAAGGGUGCUCCAAGCCUUUCCAAGCAGCCCAUCACACCGACCAAAGUCAUGAAGCCGCUCUGGUGGAAGAGGCUGCUCUUCGGCACUGACCUGCAGCCAGGUGCCAUUUGGGACAAAGUGCGCGACGAGACUGCGAGUUUACCAGCAGAAGAGCUUGAACAGCGCUUUGGCAAGGCUCAGCCUGUUCCUAAGACAGGCGCGGCAGGUGCAGCGGGCACGCCGGCUAGCCGAGGCACUGGUGAGGUGAUUCGGAUCCGCAUGGACGCUGUUCAAGAUCGUGAGCUGCGGCUCCUGCCUUCACCAGCCGAGUGCAGUCGUGCGCUGCUGGAGCUGGAGGACCAGCGCCUGGCCCUGGAUGAGCUGGAGCGCUUGCAGAGGGCUUGCCCAACCCAAAAAGAGCUGGAGCUCCUGACCGAGGCCGAUUUAUCCGACAUCUUCCAAAGCUUGGAGAAGUCGGAGGCCGUCCCGGCCCUUCUUUCAUUGGUUCUGGGCACAGGGAACUGCAUGAACCGCAACACUAACCUAGCAAAUGCGCAAGGCUUUGACAUUGAAGUCUUGGACAAGCUCCACAGCAUAAAAGGUGCAGAUGGCAGAAGCCUGCAGGAGCUGAUUUUUGCAGUCUUCUUUGACUCGCUGAACAGCCAAGCGGCGGCGUUUGUGGAAGCAUUGAGCCCUCUGCUCCAAAAUGUCAGCCGCCGUAUCAUCCACGAUUCUGAGGAGGCAAAGGUCAGCAAAGCAGUACAUGUGGCUUUGGAAGAGUGUGACGAAGCCGUCUCCUCUCUUCAUGAGACCACCGUCGAGAUUCAGACUGCUCUGCAGAAGUGCGCAGAAAGCCUCGAUCCAGCAGAUCCUGUAAGGCUUCGUUUGCAUCGAGAGUUUGCAACAGCCACAAAGAUGAUCGAAAGCCUGGUGCAGCUGCGGAAUGCUGUGAAGAGUCAGUAUGACAACGUACUGCGGUGGCUGCAGGCAUCAGGCUGGAGGACCCGACUUCGGUACGUUUGGGAUCAUAUGCAUAUUUCCAGAAAUAGCAGUGGUGCGAUGGAGAUCUGUCCCUACCAGGAUGUACGGAAGCCCUGUCAUUUCCCAAAGGGAUUCGAGCCUUCAGACUAA